AUGGCCGGCACCACCACCACCACCGUUACCGAUACCUGGUCUCCCCCUGUCAAUGAAAAUCAAUGGGACUACGCCGUUCCCGUUCGGCGAAAUAGCGCCCGCCGCCGCUCCAAGUCCCGCUCCUCCCAAUCUCGCGACCGCGACCGCACCUCCAAAGGCUCCCGCAGCUCCUCCCUCUCCCGCGCCGCCUACCACGAACAGUAUCGCGGCCGUCGCGAUGCCAGCCGCACUCGACACGGCAGCGAGGCCGGCCUGUACGCCCACGACGCCCCCAAUCGCAGCCGCAGCAACGUCCGCGACUCCGACACCAGCCAGAUCAGCGGCUCCUGGCGACGCAGUGAGAUGAAGGAUGGCCCUGACACCGAGCACGAGAAUUGGAUCCACCGCGACAAGCUCGCCCGCAUCGAGAGCAUGGAACUGCACCAGGCUGCCGUGAUGUUCCAGCGACGCGCCCACGAGUCCGGUCGGUCCACCCGCGCCCGCAAUCGCAACAGCGGCAUCAGCGAGUACUCGGUGGCUGGCCCGCCCCCUGACCCGGCGGAGUCGUUUCCCGAUCUGCAGGAGGAGCGGGCGUCGGCCCUGGGGAUGUACGACGAUAGUACUCGUGACGGAGACUGGGACCUGCGUCGACAGGAGGAGGUCACGGAGUCAGCCGCUCACAUGUACCGCCAUCCGGGCCAGCACAAGAGCGCGUCUCGCAUUCCGAUCCCGGCUGGCGAGUCUAGCCCUCCUGACGAUGGUAGUCCUCUAGGUAGUGCCAGUCGACCGGGCAGCCGUGGGGUACCCAGCGGAUCGAGCGCCACCUCGCGGAAGACCUCUGGUAAAACCACGCCGGGGACGACCGCCCGCAAGACCUCCGCGCCAGCCGGCACCCGCAAGACCACCCCGCGCAGCCGGGCAGUCUCAGGGGCACGACCGACGACGCGGUCCGGCGAGUCCCGCCCCACAACAGCAGCCAACCGGCCGGAGGGUGACCCGCCCUGGCUGGCAACCAUGUACAAACCAGAUCCCCGUCUACCGCCUGAUCAGCAAAUGCUACCGACGCACGCACGCCGACUCCAACAAGAGCAGUGGGCCAAAGAGGGCAAGACGCCGACGACAUACGACCGCGAGUUUGCCCCGCUAGCCAUCGGCCCAGACGGACCGCCUGACAAGCCCGGUGCGGAGAAACCGGAGAUGUCAGAGGAUAAGCCAGAGGAGAAACCAAAAGAAAAACCAGAAACAGAAAAGGAUUCCAACCCCAAAGAGCACCCACCCCCACCCACACCGUCCAUCACCUCGCCCGACCCCCAGCGCAGCCCCGACCUGGGCCGCCUCAGCACGGCAACGGGAUACAGCCACAUGCCCAAGGUGCACGAGGUGCCGCACUCGGGGAUGACCUCGAGAUGGAGUCCUCCGGUGGUGAGCGCGCCCGAACCGGAGAAGAAGAGGGGGUGUUGUUGUAUAGUGAUGUAA